UAGGGAGUACGAUCAUCGGCAAAAUGACAUGGCCCUCAUCCACGGCCCUACUGGCUAUCGAAACUUCGACUCGAAAUCAGGGCGGCCUACCCCACACGGCAUCACCAAAGAGGAUAUCGUUCGUUCCGCAAUAUUUGUUCAUGAGAACAAUCUGCAAGACGCCAUACGCAACCGGGACUACCACACAAUAUCCGAGGCUGCGAAGCGCGAUCGAGCGAUGGGCAAGAAUCUUGGAAAAGUUCCAGGUGGUUUUAGCUUACCAAUCUGUGUAAACCCAGGCGGCGAAGCCAUCUCGAGCGAUUGGGACAAGAGAGCUCGCAACUACCCAUGCAUGUGCGGCAACUUUGGCUGGAACGACGGUACAUGGACCUACCAGGCAGACGAGACUGAACCCUUCCUCGUUCACACUGGUCUCAUGUAUUCCGAAGACUGGGAACGCUUUUGCCAUCGCAACGGGGAAUGCAAAGGAGUCGAGUGGGACAGACUACAUGAGAGAUUGGACCAGCAGCGUGAGCCGGGUGAUCCACAGAUUUCAAAAAAUUUGAAGCAUCUUUUCGGUCGAUGUAAGCAGGAUACCGAACACGGAGCAGGGAAGGCUUGGUACGACUUUUCCAGAAAUCCUCCUUUGGGACGAUCGGUGCGCGACACCUUUGUGGCUUUGACGAAGAAGAUCUUCAGGCGGCAUGAAUGAAUUGAUUUGCAACGUUGCGUGGAGGGGUGGGCGAGUGGAAGAUGCUGAGGAAGUGGACC